AUCAAACUUCAAAGAGCUCCUCUUAUAUAUUCCCAAUCCAGUCAUUUGAUCGUUGUACAAAAUAAACACAAAAACAUUCUCCUGUUUUAUAAAAUCAAAUUUGAAAAUGGAGGCGAUAGUAGCACAAUCUGCAGGUCAAAUCCAGGCCCCAACUAAUGGGAACUUAAUAACUAUUCUCAGCAUUGAUGGAGGUGGCAUUCGAGGAAUCAUUCCUGCCACUAUCCUCGCUUACCUUGAAUCCCAGUUUCAGGAGCUGGAUGGGGAAGAUGCAAGACUUGCAGAUUAUUUUGAUGUGAUUGCAGGAACAAGCACUGGUGGUCUUGUGACUGCCAUGUUAACUGCUCCAAACAAAAACGGUCGUCCUCUCUUUGCUGCCAAAGACAUCAAGCAUUUUUAUCUCGAGCACUCUCCCAAGAUUUUUCCACAGAAGAGGGGCCUAUUCCGAUCAAUCAGAAACAUGUUGAAAUUAUUAAGAGGACCCAAAUACAACGGAAAAUACCUUCGUGGGAUUAUAAGGGAGAAAUUUGGAGAGAUCCGAUUGCAUCAAACCUUGACCAAUGUUGUCAUUCCAACUUUCGAUAUCAAGCAUUUGCAGCCAACGAUUUUCUCCACUUAUGAGGUGAAAAGAUCACCGUAUUUAGAUGCACGAUUGUCUGAUAUAUGCAUCAGCACAUCUGCUGCUCCAACUUAUCUUCCAGCCCAUCACUUCAAAAACCAAGACAGUGAAGGAAAUGUCCGAGAAUUCAAUCUGAUUGAUGGUGGUGUUGCUGCGAACAAUCCGGCUUUAGUGGCCAUAAGCCAAGUGACAAAGCAAAUAUUUCAUGAAAAUCCAGAUUUUUUUCCAAUAAAGCCCAUGGAUUAUGGUCGCUUUCUGGUGAUAUCGAUAGGCACUGGAUCGGCAAAAGUGGAAAAGAAAUACAAUGCUAAAAUGGCAGCUAAAUGGAGUGUUUUAGAUUGGUUACUUCAUGGUGGUUCCACUCCAUUAUUCGAUGUAUUUACCCAAGCAAGUGCCGAUAUGAUUGAUUUUCAUAAUUCUGUUGUUUUUCAAGCCCUUCAUUCUGAAGAUAAUUACCUCCGUAUUCAAGAAGAUGCAUUAACUGGGACAGAUGCUUCGGUUGAUGUGUCUACAAAGGAGAACUUGAACAAACUUGUCGAAAUUGGAGAAAGCCUAUUGAAGAAGCCAGUUUCAAUGGUAAACUUGGAGAUUAAUCUCUCUAAGACAACUGAAAAUAGUGGCACGAAUGAAGAUGCUUUGAAAAGGUUUGCAAAAAUACUUUCGAAUGAAAGGAGGCUUCGAGAGUCAAAAAACACUAAUGCAUUGAGCAGUGAUGAAGCUAUAGAGCCAUGCAUGCCACCAACAAAGCUACUUAUAUACUAAAACAUCCGAGUUUCAGAUUAAAGGAACAAACAAAAAGGCAAACAUUAAAAGUUGUUGUUUAGGCACUCCUAGUUACUAUUAUACUUACAACCUAUUUGUUUUAAAUAAAUCCAUGACAGCCAAAAUGGGGCUUAAAAAAUUGGUUCAUUAAAUUAAAUCUGUCUAGUUCAAGUUACUUUAUGAAAUUUUGAUCCUUCCUUAUUUCAGUUGUAUUUCAAUGUCUUAACAGAAAUGAAAAUAAAAUAAAAUUUUCGGAUUUA